GUAAGCUGUAGGUCGUGCUAGCGUUUUGUCGGUAUAAUUUCUCCCUUCUGUUUUUGUUACCUGGGUUUAUCAGCCAUGAAAUGCCCUUCAUGCAAUAAGGAGGUCUACUUUGCUGAGCGGGUCAGUUCACUUGGAAAAGACUGGCAUCGUCCGUGUUUGAAAUGCGAAAAGUGCAAAAAAACGCUGACUGCGGGUUCCCACUGUGAACAUGAUGGUAAACCCUAUUGUCAGACUCCGUGUUACCAAGCCCUGUUUGGACCCAAAGGUGAGUGAUCAUCAAGUAAUCGGUUCUGUUUGUUAAUAAGUUGAUUUGAAAGCUUGACAGGUGCUAGAAUGUGUAGCAUUCAAUUUGGUCGCAAAUGCGUUUAGUACGAACUUCCACUUGCAGUAUUAAGUUGUGUAUCACUGACAUAUUUAGAAUGAGGUAUAAGCUAGUGAACAUUGUGUUGUUACGUCCUUCAUCUGUCUGCCCAGAACAUACAGGAGAAGAAUUUCCUCGAUCUAGGUUAAGGCUUUGACACGGUAGGCUAACUGGUUCAACCUUGAGGCUAGAAUUGCGUGAGUCCGAAUCGAGAUAUAUGAAUAAAUAUAUGACUAACACGAUCACAACGUACAAACAAUCAGAAAAAUACAAUUAUAUUCAAACUAAGCAUUAGGGUAAAAAAGUAGAGUGCAAAUUGUUACGUAUAAAUUACAAUAGCUUUGGAAUGGAAAAAGGUAUGGCAGUGUAUUAUGCAUCAAACGGAAGCUUACGCUUUAUGAAAUAAUUCAGAAACUAAACGAAAUGUAAGUAUUUUACAGACUUAGAAUUAAGUUUAAUAAUGUCCUCAAGAUUAGCUCCCUUUGUUCGUCAUAGCUUCUAUAUCUCUCUAUUCAAAUAAUGUGUAGUCUGAUUAAAUUGUGUGUUAUUGAGAAGUUAGUAUUGUAUGUGCUCAUGAAAACAACUGUCGUCCUGAGUAUAUGUGAAGUAAAUUAGGCACUUUAAGACGACAAUAACAAGAUUAACUACAGGCAGGUCCCCAGUAUUGCAAGAUAGUAGAUAGGAGGGCUGUGUAUAUUGCCUUCAACUUGCAAAGGUAUGUUUUUAAGUGGAGUGAAAUAUCGGUCCUGAUUUUGUCUAUUUUAGAAAAAAAAUUGUGUAGGAGAAAGUCACUGUCAAAAAUUAAUAUUCAUCUACUAUAUUGGCACAUUUUGUUUUCAGGUUACGGAUCAGUGGCCAGCAGUCACAUCUACAAAUAGAUAACAAAUUUGUUAUUUCAAGUUUUGUUUAUACAUUCUACGUGACUACUUUUGAUGUCUCUUAUUCAGACAAUUUCAAUAGAUCGCUCCCUCAAGUACUGUUAAAUUACUUGAUUUUGAUGUUUUAACUUAUGAAAUAAACUCGCUGCUUAAAAUUUGUUUUACUUUUCACUCUCAGUUGUAAGUCCGUAAUUGACGGUGAGAAGUGGUUACUUCGGCCACAUCGUUGUAUUAAGGUAUAUUAUUACUAUUAUUUGGAUACAGACGAUUGGCACAACGGGGAACCAAAUACAUAUGCGCCACAAAGAGAGGAAACAGAUUUGAAGACGGAAAGAACUGUAUUCAUUCUUCAGUUUCCUUGUAUAGUGAGACACUGGAUUGCAGUACGAUAUACACGUAAGAUAGUUCAUUGCGAAAAACAGCAGUGAAUUUAAGAGAUAAUAAUGAUCUAUUCAAGUUCACCAACUCUUUUCUCCUAAAAACACAUAUCAUGGGCAACUUACAUUGCUACAAUUUACCUCUUACAAACAAACCCGCAAGAAUCCACACAAAUAAGUAAGACAUAUGAGUUCGAAAGUUGAUACGGUCACCUCUUUUACCCUGGACUUUUGCUAAAUUUAAGCUUACACUAACGUUUUUCAUUCUCAUUCUCAUAUGUACAGGAUAUAUCUCAAUAACUAACCCAAUCAAUGAUACUCAGAAAACAUCUUAUUACAUUUAAGGGAAAAAGUUGAUCUACAUACACAUACAUAUUGUUUAUUGACUUGCCACCAUUUUGACUGGUAUUCCGAAUUCAGAAAUAGUUUUUCAUUCCCUAUACUAAUAGAUUUUUCACUAAUAUUUCCAUACUAAAAUAAUUCAGAAUCUGCAAAACAUGGACACUGAUAACAGAUGUUUCAGUUUGUCCUCUACGUAAGUGCAGAUUCUGAAGAGAGAAUACUUCAAAUUCAUGUUUAACGUCGCUUGUUAACUUUCAAUAUAUUUCCGGGAAGUAGAUCAUUUCUUAAUCCGUACACUCUCCCAUCGCACUCAAAUCACACGUUGCAUGUAUGGUCCUCAAUCAAGAUGUUCAGCUCACUUGCUCUACUAGUUGUUCGUAUAGUAUGCGGUAUAAACAAGAGGACAGAGAAAUAUAUUGAAGAUACGUAUCUGUCACUACAUAUUCAUGUAUGACUUGAUCAAUACACCCCUAUCAAUCAGAUUCAUUUCAUUGGACUUCAACUGCUCAAGUGUGAUUUUAAUUGGUCGUUGAUGGCCUUGAAAAUAGUGGUCAGAAAACCAUGUGACAUGACGGUGAGACCGAUACGAUUGGAUAAACAAUAAAAGCAUGAGAGAAGUUACGUUGUGUAAGCUGUAGGUCGUGCUAGCGUUUUGUCGGUAUAAUUUCUCCCUUCUGUUUUUGUUACCUGGGUUUAUCAGCCAUGAAAUGCCCUUCAUGCAAUAAGGAGGUCUACUUUGGUAGGUUUAAUAGUAUGCAAUUAUAUUAAAUAGCUGAGCGGGUCAGUUCACUUGGAAAAGACUGGCAUCGUCCGUGUUUGAAAUGCGAAAAGUGCAAAAAAACGCUGACUGCGGGUUCCCACUGUGAAGUAAGUGUCUUUGUUUACCGUAUUGUUUUCAUGAAUAAGUUGGCUUAAAAUAAUUAUAAUAUUGUUCAAACGGGAAGUACGUCUGAGAGUAUCCAUCACUUCAUACUGCCUAAUUUUGCAUCCCAUUAAAUAAUUAUCUUUCUUGUCAACAUGAUUACUUCAAUUUAUCUUAUUUUCACUUCUUAUUUGAUUCAGCUUCGCUUCGCGUCGAUUCACCCUUGACCUAAUAUAACAUUAGUAUGACUACUUGUUUGUAUUUGGCAAAUAUUUGGUCUAAUUUAUUUCCUGUGCUUUUAUUUAAACUGACUUGCUAGUUAUUUGUUCUCUGGAAAAAGUGACUUUCACUAAGUCGCAAGGUGUCAUAAAUCCGACGUUUUACUCAUUGGAUUAUUACGAAUAAGGUAUUAUUGUGAGCAAUCUAUUGGAAGGUCAAUUUAUUUGAAAUUUUCAAGUCAAAUCGUUCUAGCAAUACUUGAAAGAUGACUGGUGGGGUUUUUUUCUUCAUUUACUUUAUACUGAUUCGAAGGAGUAUUUACUGAGAGACACAAAAAAUAGAAUGAUAAAGAAGUACGGCACAACCGCGUAAGUCUUAUUAAUGCCUAUGAGCAAUCUGUGAAAAUGUGUUAUCUUGAAUAUUAUUCUCAUUGAUUAGGAUCUCCUAGUGGGUUCUGUGGAAUGUUCUUUGUCACGUUCUUUAGUAGUGUUAGUUUUGGUCAUUACAUUCACCGAAACGGUAGUGUGAACUGGUCUUUUUGAAAUAGUAAACGGUGUAUCAGUGUGAUAGCUUUGGUUUCGUACUGCUGGUCUGAAGCCGAUGAGAUAUCACUAUCCACAUAGCAUUUUACAACAUAUCAAUUAAUUCUUUUCAACAGAAAAGUGUUAGUCAAUGAACUUUCUCAGUGUUUUGUUCAGUGAGACAUAAUGAGAAUUAAAAUGUUAAGUAUAUUGUUCGGAUGUUGUGGUUGUGUAUAAGAAAUGUAAAUUUUAUUAUGGAGUUGAUGUAAACUAAGGACAUAAUAGAGUGACUUUUUGCAACUGCUAAUCAAUAUGAUAUUUAUUUAUAUUUCAGCAUGAUGGUAAACCCUAUUGUCAGACUCCGUGUUACCAAGCCCUGUUUGGACCCAAAGGUUACGGAUCAGUGGCCAGCAGUCACAUCUACAAAUAGAUAACAAAUUUGUUAUUUCAAGUUUUGUUUAUACAUUCUACGUGACUACUUUUGAUGUCUCUUAUUCAGACAAUUUCAAUAGAUCGCUCCCUCAAGUACUGUUAAAUUACUUGAUUUUGAUGUUUUAACUUAUGAAAUAAACUCGCUGCUUAAAAUUUG